AUUUACCGCAGCCAGGUACGGCGGUAUGACGCGUUGUAUCAACUACGACAGAAGGCCGUCAUGGGUUAAAGAACCCCAGUUGGCACAUGGCGGAUAGACGAUGAAACCUCAUCUACCUUAGGAUGGAGUUACUCAUGAAUUCUGUACCCCGUUCUGUGCGAGAGUCUCAACCAAAGGGCGGGCUGGUUACACAUCAUACGAUUCACAAACGCCAUCUACUCUAAUGAAUAUCUUCAUCUCUACUAGAGAUACUUCAACGGCGGCUACCAGCCGCGUCCUAUGGAUAGUUGUCUCCGUCUGUUCAAUCACAGGCGUUGCUAUCAUCCUCACGCUUGCAUUCGUUGGCCACACACUGCUUCGUCGCCGACGGCAGGCUGCUUUCCGGGAGUUCGAAGCGGCUCGACUUCGGGAUCCGACCCUAACAUGGGAGGUAUAUGCUCGGAGGCGCCGGUUCACGCACUCGCGGCUCAUAUUCGAACAAGAAAUGCAGCGGAGCACUAUGAUCCGCAAGUCGCAACAGAGCCGCACCUUUAUCAUAAACAAACGAGUAGGAGGGUGUGGCCAAGAUAUUGAUAUCAAGAGAUGUGAAAUAGAAGAAGACGAAGUUUUGAUAAAGACGCGCCGAAGCGAUGACUGGCCCCUCGAGACCGUAUGUGGGGAGAACAAGCAGAAAUUAGUCAACAAUCUGUAUUCACUGACGACGAUGGAUAUGCAGCAUACUGAAGAAGGGGAUAGGAGAAAUUAUUCCUCCAUAACGACUAUUCGACUUAAAACUCCACCUUUACUAGCUCAUCCGGCAUUUCGGGACUGCGACAGGACGUUUCCUCCGAGGAGUUCGAGUUUACCGACGGAAAUGACUAGAGCAAAGCCUCUCCCAUUACUCUGAUACUGGAUGUUUCUUUAGUAUAUAUAAAUACCCAACGUUACCUGUGUUUGAUCUUUUGGAUUACAUUUUCGCUAUUGUCGGGAAGACGAUGAGUAUUAGCCUCGUGGAGUUUAGGAAAUUUAAUUCUUAAUGUUUGAAGAUUGUGGCAUUAAACAUCUAUAGAGGUACCUAUAUUGAGAUCUACCUAAUAACUUAGAACAAGAAUGUUUUGAUACC